UUGCCAAAUACAUAAACCACUCGUAUUGAAAAUGUCUACUGCCGGAGCUACACCUCAAGAAACACUGGUUGCAGCAUGCCGUACUGAUAAUGUGGAUAUGCUUGAAGAAGCUGUUCAUGGACAAGAAGGACAUGAGGUUGAAUUUAUUAAUCAAACGCGUGACUCGUUAGGAAAUGAUUGUUUGCACGUUUGCGCAAAGUACGGAUCAGUCAACUGUUUGGACUGGAUUUUGGACAUCUCUGGAAUUGAAUUAAAUCACCAUUCUCGUAUGACUGGUGAUACACCAUUGCAUGUUUCUGUAAUGUAUUUGAACAAGAAUGAGGAAACGGCUUUGCAAAUGGUCGAAAUGCUGAUGGAAGUCGGUGCUGAUUCUUUAGCUACGAAUAAUGACGGUUUCCGCCCAGUUGAUCUCGUCCCUGGUGAUUAUCGUGAGCGUUUUGGUGCCGCCUUGGAGGGGCCUGCCCCAACUUUGCAAUACAGCGCAGAUGCUGUUGCUGAUGAUGAUGAUGAAGGUGACGAAGGCGAGGGAUCUGAGGGCUCCGAGUAAAUAGGUUAGUUUACUGCUCUCGUAAAAUUAUCCCCCCAGAUAAUGGUCUUCUUCGUCAUGUUAUCUUAGAAUGAACCUUGUCUACGAAUAUUUGAAACUUUAUCUUAGAGACUAAAGUGUCUUUCAUCCCUUGUUGUGGGAACUGUUCUUUUUCACGGAAAUUGGUUUCUUUCAGUUCGUCUGUCGUCUAUCUUUAAAACCAUUUAUCAGCACCACUUCAUAUUAGCUUCAUGGUCGUUCCUGUAGAAGAAAGCUGGCGUGGCUUUGUACACAGUUUAUCAAGAAGGGGACACAUCAAUUUUCUUGUUCUUGUCCUUUCUUUAUUCGAUCUUUUAUGAAUUUCUUGUCUCUUUUAGAUAUCUCCCUUUUGUUAAUGUUUAAAUAAGAUUAUCU